GGCAGAAAUUAAACGCCAUGUACAAGGUCAUUGAUGGAGUGAGACGCUCAAAGGUCAUUUUCGUCCAUGUUAGUCGGCCAUGUUGGAUUGCAGUUCCGUUGCUGUUCGUUUACACAUCGAUUUUUCCGUUUAUCCAGCAGUUAUUCACAACUUAUCUUGAUGCACAUUGUUCACAAAUGUUGCGUUUCACUUCAUUAUUGUUUCCAUUUCUGUUGAAAUUAGUUAUUUCGUUUGUUUCGAAAGUUUUUGCCACCAGGUCAGUGCAUUCGUUUCAUUGUAAUUGUUUCAUACGUUGCAUUCAUGCAUGGUUUCAGUGUUUUAAUUGUUUUUCAGCUAUUAAUGAAUUAGUACUGUGUAGAAAUCUUGGAGAUUAUACACGUGAACAUGUUUGGGAAGCAGAAGCCAUUGUUUCCAGUUCAUUUUUGGUUGCCGUUAUUGCUGCUGGCUCAGUUGGUUACUUAAUAUGUAGGAAUCUGGAAAAAAAUGUCUCUCACGUUCAUGUUUACAGCAUGCAACAAUCUACGAAUGAAUCCGGUGAAGAGAGCACCAUCAGGGUUGAUAUUAGCAAAGUUUUCGAAGAACUAAUUAAACCCAGAGAAUUUAGAACCUGGUUUGAAGUUUAAAAUGCUUUGGAGCUUUUCGACAAGGUGUCUGUUGUCAGCUAAAAAAUCAGGUAUAUUGUGAGAGAAUCAAGCAAGGGUGAGCCACAUGUGAAGUAUGAAUGUGUGGUGUUUGUAUGUACUUUUGGAAGCAAAAUUAGGAAGCAAUAGGAAAUCCCUAAAUGAUUGUUAAUGCCUAGUGUACUAGAUCCAAACGCACGAACUAGGACUGCCUGUAGUAAACGCGGUGUUAACAACCAUUUUAUUUGUUUCAAAAGGAUUUGAAAAGCGGCUAACGUACGAUGAUCUGGUGAGUGUUCGGUAAGAAUUUCACUAGCAAGAAUAACGUUUCGAAUUUACAACCGUCUGAGAAGCUGAUUAUUAAUCGGGGUGAAAAAAUUGGCUGGUUACAAAUUGCUUGUUUCAGUUCAAAUAAUGAAAUUCCUAUUUUUCGGAUGCUUGUGAUUUCUCCGUGGUUAUAAACACGGUUGCCCAUGAUUUAUAAGAAAACUUUAAAUAAAUUUUCUUUGAACCAGUGGUCUUCUUUUUCUUGG